CAGGAUUCGUUUUCUAAGUUCUACUUAGAUAGAGCAUAAGCAAAACAUAUAAUAAAGUAUGCCAAUUCAUAGGAUAAACUUGGAGAACAACAGUUUCAGACCAGUCUACUUUAUACAAAGCUUAAAAUAUCCAAAAUUAUUAGGAUAAAAUGAAAAUAAAGAAAUUAAUACACAAAUACGGUGGUUCCUUGAGCAGCCUAAUAACUGCCAAUGAGAUUCGUGAACGAUUAGAGCAACUUAUAUAAUGAAAGAUGUUAUCACUUCGAUGGCAACAAUAUAAAACCUUAAAAUGUAGAAAAGUAAAUAAAAAGCAAGAUUUCGUUGAUGUUUGAGCCUGAUGAUCACAUUUUUCGAGGCCGAAUUUAAUACUUUUCUUGAUGAUUCAACAGUUAAAUGGAAUACUUAAAGAUGCAGGAUAAAUCUUACUAAUUAAAACAUGUUUUCUGAAACUUACGUCUAAAUUGUAACAACUGUUAUUCAAUUUUAGAACAAUUAUUUUACAGUGCUAAGGAGGACCGUGCUUGAAAUGAUUUUUAAUAAUUACUAACGUUCAUUUUAGAUGACCACUAACCAUAAUUUUGACAUCCUCGUAAGACUCCCUAUUGAAAUCGGACAAAAUAUUUUAAGCCAUUUAAAUGGAGAUGAUUUGUGGAAAAUAUUUAAAGUGUCAAAAGCGUGGAAGGCGAUUGCUAAUGAUGAAUUUCUUUGGAAAAAGCAGUGUCUAUUAGAUGAUUUAGACAUUAAUAAAGAACCUUCUUCAGAUGCUUACUCCGAGCUGUGCAGACAUGCGAGAAUAUGGGGGGAGUGGAGAUGGGGCGCAGUUUACAAUUGGGAACAGAACCUGUUUUUGGAAACAAAACUACAGACAGAAGAUCUAGCACCCCACUACUGCAUUGCCACCCAUGAUAGAAAGAUUGCUCUAAGCAAUGGAUCUGAAAUAUUUGUUUACACAAGAGAAAAUUCAAAGAUUAUCACACUACAUGAGCGCACUUUUACAGGAUGUUUUGUGCGAGAAAUACAGAUGAAUAAGGAUUAUCUUGUAGUAAUCAGGAAUACUUGUGUAGCUGUAUACCAAACUGAGGAUUAUAAACCUUAUUUAUUCUGUGGUUUUGUAACUGGGCAAUUAUGCAUUUAUAGGGACAAUUUUCCUACAUCCAGCAUUGUUUUUGAACAUUCGUCUGUAGAAUUUGUUUUAUUAUAUGAAAACAAAUUAUGGAUUUGUGACUAUUUAUUCAUCCAGUCAACAAAUAUUGUUGAUCUUAGUACAGGUGUUACUAAGAAGCUUUUAUUCCCUUGGAAAUGCACAUUGUUACGAGCCAAAGAAAAUGUUUUUGCUCGUUCGAAUACUUUACUAGGAGUUUAUGCAUUAUCAGGUGACAAAUCAUUUGAUAUAGAAUGCCUUGACUUCAGUUGGAUAAGGACUAGUAAAAAUGUUUUAGCUUUGAUUACUGAUAGGGAGAUAAAUACAUUCAAUAGAUUGAGUGGAGAAAAAAUUGGAAUGAUCAAGAAGUCUUUCAUCGAUUACCAUACCAAUUAUAAGAAAGAUGUUAUUUAUGGUAUUUCACGUGCUGAGACACAUUACAGUAGAGUGGAAGCUGUUUCUUUAUUGAAUGGAAAUGUCCUCUGGGUUACCAAACUUCCUGGAGACUUCCAUCCAGAAACAAGGUCUCUUCUCAAUAUUUUCCUAUGUUAUGACUACAUCCAAUCACGAUCAUGGUAUAUUCUUGAUGCAAGGACUGGGAAGUGUCUCUAUAAGCGUCGUUUACCUAAAGAUGGAAGAAUUAUUUAUCUAUCGGAUGUAUUUUGGGUAUGUCAGACCCAAGAAAAGUUAAUUAUCAGGUUUUACUGAUAUUGAAAUGUUUUUAUAAUUAAAAUUUUUAUUUUUUUGUUCUUAUGUGUAUUUAACUACGUGCCUGUUGUAAGACUUGGAGCCUUUUUGUAUGUAUCAUAUAUGUAAAUAUAUCUUAGAUAUGUUUGUAAAUUAAACCAAAUAUUUAUCACCUCUAUGAGAUACUCUCUAUAAAAAUAAUCUUUUAUUUUAUGGCAUGAUGCUGUUUACAAUAGA